AGUUAACUUAACUGGUGACAUGGAAAAGAAAGUUAGAUUUGUUUUGCAACUUUUACUUACUUUUUGUGCUUUUAAAGUGAAGCUUGGUCAAAUGUGCGAUGUCGCAAACGUUCAAGUAGAGAAUGAAGAUGGAGUAAUUCAGGUUUUUGAAGUGAAACGUUUGGAACCUGUCAAGGGAGACACGUGUGGGUCGUGCAGUCAACAAGCUGUCAACUCUGGACCACGAUUAUCCGGACUCGGAUCGAGUGUGUUUCUAACAAUAGGGGAAGCUGCGCCUGAAUGUGAUGACAAAUCCUCUGACCCACCUGUUGGAUUAUGCUCAACACUUAGAGAUUCUGGAUAUUGUGUCAAGGAAGAAACAGAAACUUGUCAGCAUAGUCUUGAGGAUUUGGCUACAGAGAUAGUUGAGAGAGAAUUAGUACCUUUAGCAUCACAAAAUCCUGAGGCUGAUAAAAAACUAGCUUUAGGAUUUGUAUUGUUAAACAUGGGAAGUUAUGAUGCAGCAAUGAAGACAUUUAAUGAAGUGUUGUAUGAAAGUAAUGAUUUAAAAGGGGCUUACUAUGGCAGAGGAAUGGUGUAUGCAAGGCGAGGGUUACAGGAAAAAGCCAAUGCAGCUAAAUCUAUCAGAGAAUUUACUGAAGUUAUACACAGAACAGAAAAUUUUCAUGAACCGUUUGCAAGAAGAGGGGAGGCUUACAUGGCAAUUCGCCACUAUCCUGAUGCUUUGAAUGAUUUCAAUAAAGCUAUCAAGUUAAAUGCUCCAACAAGGAUCUUUUUCUUACGAGGAGUUGUAAAUCUUUUACUGGAGAAUUUUUCAGAUGCAGAGAAAGAUUUCAAGUUAACUUUAGAUAAAGACAGUCCUACAUAUAUUACUAAUCUGUACCACUUGGGGUUAGCACAGUACUAUAGAGGAAGAAUUCGGAAUGCAAUAGAAGUAUUUAAAGAGGUAUUAAAAGUACAGCCAGAUCAUAUUGAUGCUUGUUCCAGUGUAGGUCAGGCUUACAAAGAACUUGGUAAUUUACGAGCAGCAAGAGGAAAGUUUAAUAGAUCCUUAGAAAUCAAUUCCAAUCAUUCAUUAACCUUACAGUUGAGAGCUAAUAUGUAUUACUAUAGUGGUGAUCCAAUGAAAGCUUUACAGGAUGACCAGAAAUGUUUAAGUGUAGACCCAGACAAUAUACACUGUCAGUAUAUGGAGGCUUUGUCAUAUAUAGCUACUGGGAAAUUCUAUGAAGGUUUAAAAUCAACAACAAAGGUAAUGGUAAACAAUAUGCCUAUGAUGAAAGCUACUCCUGAAUUUUUACGUGCUCAUUAUUUAAGAGAAUAUGGACGAUAUUUGCAUGCACAUUUAGAAUAUUCUUUAACAGAACUGAAAUUGGAUGAAGAUUUAAACCAUGAGUUUAAAGAUCGUUGGGCCAAGAUAUCUCCAUUUACAUUUAAAACACAAUAUAAGGAACAACCAGGUCUUCAACCAGAAAUACCAGAUGUUAAUUUAUUACAAUUUGAAGAAUUAGAUAGAAAUAAAGAAAUAUUGAUAUGUAAGGCUGAUGCUGUUGGUAAAAUGAUGCAGGUCAAUACUGAUGGUUAUACACCUAAUAAAAGAUAUAAUUUAGCCAUGGGAUUAGCUUCAAUACACAUAGCCCAGUUAUUAGAGGCAAAAUGGAAAGGAUUACGACAAAAUAAGCAACAAAUGGAGAGAGCCUUAUGGCGUGAUGUAUUUAACAUAGCAGUACAAUACAGGAGACUGGUAGAUCCAGAACAACCUGUUUUAUGGUUAGAUUUAAUGACUCCUCCUGAUACUGAAAAUUACAGAACAGAAUUUAGUUUUAUCAGGGGAUCUGUACAUAAUAUAAAACUGAUGCAGUAUUUUGAUUUGGUGUUCAAACUGGCUAAGACAAUGCUGGAACAUUACUCAGGGAAUGGAGCUGUGUUUUAUCCUGGAUUACAAGAUGACAUAGAAAAAGCUAAAACAGUUGAUGAUCUUUUAACUGUAGCAAGGAAGCGUCAAAUAAAUCAGCAUGGCUUUAUGGUGUCUACACAAGUACCCAGUAGCAGAAAAGAUGGCAAUAACAAUAAUAGAUUAGAUGGUGCAAUGUUAAUACUGACAGAUAGCUGGAGUACUAAAAUGAUGUUUGCUAUCCAUGUUGUACAUUCCAAGAGUCGGACAUCAGCAUACCAUGCAGAACUAGAUGCAGUAUUUAAUCAGUUACAAGAAGAAAUAAAAAGGACAGGAAUAACUAAAUUGACUGAUGUGGAUUCUGUGGUGAACAUCAUCCUAACAUUAGUGUAUUAUUUCUACAAUUUAAUGCCUUUAACAAGAGGCUCCUCUGUGGUAGCUUACUCAGUGGCCUUAGGAUUGUUAAUGUCUGUUGGUAGACAGGUGACAGGAAAAGUUCCCAAUGGAAAGUUAUUAGAGAUGGAGGCCAUGUUAUCUGGUGCUCCAGAUGCCUUCAUUCUUGUAACUAAACAGUGGAUGCAAAAUAAAAAAUUAGCUGUACCAGUUUCACAGUUACCAUCUGUUACAGAAGUUUUUCCUACAGUCCGAAGUAUCAUCGAAGUUUUGAAUGUCAAUACAGAAUUAUGUUCUUAACCAAUUGUCUUGUAUUUUUUAUAAUUUUAUACAUACAAAUUUUUGAAGGAGGUGUUUAUAAACCAGAUUUUUACAUUUUAAAGAAUUAUUCAUAAAAUAUGCAUAUGAAACUAUGAAAACUUAAUCUUUUAGUGGAAAAGACCAAAAAAUGAAUAUUAACUAGGAUAUUUCUUUGUGCUGUUUACUUUACAGUUUUUGUGGUGUUUUCUUUACAGUUGUUAAAUAUGACACAAUGAUCACAUGGUUUUGUAUAUGCCUGUAAUGUUGGUUACUGAAUGUUUAGCAAAAUACACUCAAUCAGACAUUAUGCCUGUGUUGAUAAUAACUUGUUGUGACUGGUUUAUGUCGACCUUCAUGUCAUCCUAUACAUUUUACACUUUUUAAAUACAAGUUUUAUUUAAAACACUAUUAAGCCUAACUGAUAAACAAUCUAAUUCAAUUUUUUUCGGAAAGCAAGUUGGGAGUAAACUUUGUAGAGAUGGUAAGACAGUGUCAACUUUUUCUACAAAACUUGGUUAUUUUAUAUGUCAGAGGAGCAAGACAAUUCACACUUCACAUUAAUUGAAUGAUUGGUGUUUAACACCACUUUUAGCACUAUUGUGCUAUUUCGUGGCUGUCACUCUUUAUUGGUGGAGGGAGCCGGCCUUCGGUAGGAAAACAGACAAUCCUAAUCAAUUAAGAUUGGAGUGGAGCAAACAUACCAUGUGCGAGAUUGGAACUCACAACCUCAGUGUUGACAGGCUAGUGAUACACACUUUACAAAAAGAUGCCUUAUUGUCUUAUGUUUUCAUUUGACAUUUAUCAGUUUUCCUUAACAUUUGUCUUUGGUGUUAUAUCUGUGAAUUUUGUCUUUGUUUGAGCUAAUGAGCAACUUGAAUGAAGAAACUUUUCUUGUAAUGAUAUAAAAUCCAUUUGCCCAGAAAAUCGUACAGUAGCCCUUAAAAUGUUUUUAGAAUUUAUGUAGAGACUGAAAGGCAGAGAAAAAUAUUGAAAAAAACGAAGUAAAAUGAAUGAUGGAGUACAAAACAAGUAAAUAAUUUUAGAGGCUGUUUUUACAAAAAAUCUUACUAUAAAAAUUGAUCGUAAGUUAUACUGAAAUUUUCAUGAGUAUUUUUUCUCUUUAAGAAGUCACUUUCAUCCUAUGAUUCUGAAGUGUGAGCUCUAAAUGCCUCCAUAUUUCUUUUAAAUGAAUCGCUUGAACCUAAAAUCAUUGCCUCAUAUUAUUCAGAUAUAAUCAAUUAUGCAGGUGAAAUAUUUGUAUGUCCUAAUUUGUAAUCACACAGUAAAGGUACAAAGCAUAAAAAAUGAAUUUUCAGACCUGUUAUACACUAAGUCUAAGCAGAAAAUUGCAGUUACAUUUGUAUCAUUGUACUUUGUAUAGAACUAAUGGUUUACUGCAAAUAAGACGAAAUUUGUUUUUGGACUCCUCUGUACGAACUUUAUCUUUGCUUGUCUUUAAACAGUUUAUGUUGUACAAAAUUUCAGAAGAUGAACAGGAUUUCAUUUUUUUGUUCUUUUUAAAAAUGUACAGUUUAUAAAGUUUGUUUAUAUGGGUAUGAAAUAGAACCCUCAUACAAGUAUAAUUUUAUUUGUUACAAUAGCUUGAAAGUAUGUUAAAUUGAUUUGAUAUGGAUGAUUAUUUUGUAGAUUUAUUACUGAAGUUUUUGUUGAGAUAUAAGUAUCAGAUAUAUUCUGCUUAAUAUUUUUACCUUUCUAUAUAAUAUUUUAUCUUCAUUUUUUUUUUACAAUUCCUUAAAAACGUUUUAAAUCAUUUCAAACUACAAAAAAGAAGUAUUUAAGCAAAUCUUUGUUAAGGAUUUUUUAAAAUUCAUAUCAUUUAAUUAAAUGUAUGAAAGUGUUAAAAAUUUAUUUUAAAAACAUUGGAAAAAGAGCAUGUAUUAAAAUAAAUUCCAUGUAGGGGCCAUGUGUUUGAAUUGGACAGCCUGUAUUAAAUACUGUUUGCAUGUCAGUAGUAUGAUAUUACCCUAAGGACUUUUCUUCUGUAUGGAUACCGGUGGUUUGAUUUGAAGGUGUUUGCUUUUUUAGCUUUUUAAUAUAUUCAUCAAUUGUGAGUGCUAUUUUUUCCUUUUUCUCAAGAUUUGACAACUCAAAACCCUUAACGUUCAGGAUUUGUUGAAUUUUCAGUUAUAGCAAUAUUUGUUAAUUUCAGAAGUGCUGACGUGCCAAAUCUAUUGUAAUAGUUGAUACAUGUAACAGUUUUAUUAUUAUUAUUUUAUAUCAGUAAAUAUUAUGUUGCUUAUGAGUUAAAAAUUUCUAGAUAAAUAUUUGUUUUGUGUAGUUUUUUUCUUGUUUUUUUUUUUAAAGUAUUUUGCACAGAACAAAUAAAAUUGACAGUUACUGUCUGUGAUAAAAGUCAAUAAAAGAAAACUACCUCUUA